AUGGCGUUUGCCUUUAGGUGGAGAUGUGUCGUGCUCUUGCUCUUGACUUACUCGUUAUGCAUUAUAACGGCUGACGAUAAAACUAAACCCAAGAAAAAGAAAGAUAUCCGGGACUAUAAUGAUGCAGAUAUGGCACGACUUCUGGAAGAGUGGGAGAAAGAUGACGACAUUGAAGAAGGAGACCUCCCAGAGCACAAGAGGUCUCCACCUCCGAUUGACUUUUCCAAAGUGGAUCCCUCCAAACCCGAGGAGCUGCUGAAGAUGUCAAAAAAGGGAAGAACUCUAAUGGUUUUUGCUACAGUGUCGGGAGACCCCACUGAGAAGGAGACAGAGGAGAUAACCAGCCUGUGGCAGGGCAGUCUCUUCAAUGCCAACUUUGACAUUCAAAGAUUUGUGGUGGGCUCCAACAGGGUCAUCUUCAUGCUGCGUGAUGGCAGCAUGGCCUGGGAGGUCAAAGACUUCCUCAUCUCCCAAGACCGCUGCAUGGAUGUCACUGUGGAGGGACAGGUGUUUCCAGGGAAGGCGGCCAAUACAGACAACAGCAAGUCUAAAGAGCAGAAUGAGGUCAAUGCUAAGAAGGGGAAGAAAAAGAAGACGACAGUGGACAACAACCAAGCAGACUUGGAGGGUAACAGGGCCAGUAAACUCAAACAGGAGUUGUGAUGGGACUAUGCAGAGGACAUCUCUUACCAUUUGAAGAUUUUGCCAUAAUAAUCAGGUUUGGCUUGGUUUCCUACCACGACAUGAACCAUUAAGUCAUUAUGCGCUAUUGAAAUACACAAAGUGCUGGUACGCCAAAUGUGACUGAUAAGUCAUUUACCUUGUUUGAAUUAAAUGAAUAUGUUUUGUUGUAACCGGGCUAAUCAGCCUUAACUUGUGAGCCAGUUUUAUAGCUGCAGGUUUAUGCUGUCUUUCACACCUCUUUAUCACUGUUAUCUGAUGGUCACAAUGGCCAAAAAGACAUUUAGGCAUUCAGUUAUUUAAUUAUUUUGUUACCAGAUUGUAUAGAUGAUUGUACAGAUACGAUAGAAUCAUUCAUAGAUCUUUAACAGCCUGCAUAAAAACCAGUGCUAGAUUUGGCACACAAAUCUGGUUCACGUUUUCUGUUUGAUUUUUCACUUAAUGACAAAAUAAACUUUUUUGUAUCACUGUUUGGUAAA